AUGACCAAGAACAGUGGAUUCCUGACUAGGAUAAACGAAGCCGGCAAGCAUUUAUACUAUAAGAAACAUGGAAACCCAACAGGACCACCAAUUGUACUCGUUCAUGGCCUAGGGGGCACAUCGGAAUAUUACGACCCCUUGAUUUCCUCUCUCAAGCUGGCAGAGACUUAUUCAAUUCACCAGUUCGACCUUGAAGGGCACGGCCGUUCACCUUCCUCCGCUGAAUCGAUACUAAGCAUGUCCUCAUUCGCAGACGAUGUGAAGAGUAUCUUUUCGUUAGCCGGUAUCUCACCAUCUACGCCAGCGACAUUGAUUGGAUCAUCCAUGGGCUGCAUUAUAGCAACGUUAUUUGCAGUACAGAAUCCAGGGCUGGUUCGCAAGCUCAUCCUCCUGGGUCCUGCUCCAUGCCCUCUCCCUCCGGCAGGACGAAGUGCAACUCACGCCAGGGCAACAGUGGUGAGAAGCAGAGGCAUGUCUACCAUUGCGGACACAGUUGCUACAGCUGCCACAUCCUCACUCACCAAAACAAAGAAACCAGCCGUCUACUCGACAAUACGAUCGAUGCUGCUGGGCCAGGAUCCAGAGUGCUACGCAAAGGCAUGCACUGCCCUGGCCGAUGAAACCAAGCCGUUGGACCUUGGAAGCCUCACCUGUCGGACUUGUAUCAUCACCGGCGACGAGGACAGAGUUAGUCCGCCAGCUGUGUGUAGCCAGCUUGCAGCGUCUAUACCCAACUGCCAGCCUCCAGUCGUGCUGAAGGAUGUUGGCCACUGGCAUGUCUUCGAAGACAUAGACGGGGUAUCCAAGGCAAUCCGGCCAUUUCUCAGGGACUAG